AUUAAGUACGAGUUUGUUUGAUAGCCUACCCGUAUUCCUCGAGAUAUCUGGCAACUCCGCGAGCAGUCAGACUUCUGUCAGCCCGUCAGGAAACAGACUGGCAGUCUUCUGUCACCCGCGGAAAUGUUUAAAACAGACGAACUAAAAGCUUUGGUCAGUGAGCGAUUGACAGCCGCUGCUGAGGAAAUAUUCAGCAUCUUUGAAAAAAGUAUUAAGGAAUAUGAGGAGAUCGUUUUUCUUUCAAAGCAGGAGAUCGAGCAUCAGCGACAACUGGCCGGGUGGAAAGCCCCCUUGCAGCUCUCUGUCCAGAAAGAGGAAACUCCCUCUGAGCAGGAUCACUGUGAGAAGAAGACAGAGCUGAGUGAGAAUGACCGGGAGCCCCCGCAGAUUAAACAAGAACAGGAGGAGAAACAGUUGACAGCUCAGACAGGUGAAAAGCCGGAGGACCCUGAUACUAAAGACUCUAUGUUCAAUAUAAUUUAUGUACAACGAAGUGAUGAAGAUGCAAGACCGUUUCCACAUCAAAACCAAGACGUUGAAAAUGAAGGAGACUGUUUGCCCAGCAACUCAUCUGAACAGUUUAAAUCAGAGCCUGAUAAAGAAGAAGGCUGUUGUGCAUCAGAGCCAGCCAGCGACUGUCAGAUGAGUGACGUGAGUGAUGAUGAAUGGAGAGACAGUGGAGGAUUUCACUCGGGGCUAAACAGGAAGAAACCACGGCAAGCUGGUGAGACCGCAGACAGGCCGCACACGUGCAGUAUUUGCAACAAGAAUUUCAGGAUCAAAUCCAUUCUGACCCGCCACAUGAAGACACACACGGGAGAGAAACCUUACAGCUGCAGUGUCUGUGGUAAAAGCUUCAUCCAGCGCUCCUAUCUGCAGACUCACAUGAACUCUCACUCUGGGCAGAAACCGUACACGUGUAGUUUCUGUGGCAAAGGGUUCACGCAGUGUGGAAACAUGAACACCCACAAACGAAUCCACACGGGAGAGAAACCUCACAGAUGUACUGACUGUGGUAAAAGCUUCAGAGAGAAAGGUGAUCUUAUCAAGCACACAAUAAUUCACACUGGCGAGAAACCCUACAUUUGCACUGUAUGUAAUAUGAAAUUCAGCGCUCAGUCUAAUCUGACGCGCCACAUGAAGACUCAUUCAGGGGAGAGGCCGUAUAGUUGCACUGCUUGUGGGAAAAGAUUCAUUCGCCGCUCCCAUUUAAUCAUUCACAUGAAGACUCACGCAGGAGAGAAUCUCUAGACUUGAGAAAUGAUUUGCUCCAUGGUAUGUAAAAUGUAUGAAAUACUUUUUUCAACUUUCACAAAUGAACCAAACCUUGGACAAACCAGUGUCUCUAUAAGUUGUUGCUAUAUAGUUUUGUAGUAUAGAAUAAAGUAAACAGCAAGUUGUAAUAUUGUAUGUUUCUCCAAGUGACAACCAUUUGUGUCGAGUGAUUAAAUUUCUGUUGAAAUAGACAAAGUACUUAGUUUGUCAGUGAUGCCCUUUCCAGUAUUCAUGGAUGAUAUGGAUAUAUAGUUUCUCAAGACUUUCCAACUUCUCCACCUCUGUCCGUCUCAGCCCCAAGAAACGUAAUUCCUAUUGUAGAUGUAAACUUUUAAAACCAGUCACAAAUUUGUAGUUUCAUUUUUAAAAGGUGACGGUCUCUCUGUUAUCCCAGUGCUGUAUAGCCAGCAGUUACUGCACAAUUAGACAGACAGUACACCAUAAAUUCUACGAAUCACAUUGAGUUAUUUAAAAGGCCAAUGGCAGCAGGGACAAACAAGCACCAUGAACUCCUUGGACAGGGGGUGGUUAGGAUCAGCCAGGACUGACUGGGCUUUGCUCAAAGUCCUAACUCUAUACAGAUGAAGAAGGUCUUUCAAGAUCGUCCCUGCAAUUUUGCUGCACAACCUGUAGUCUUUCUGUUUUUGAGGGUUUGUGAUCCCAACCAGCUGACAAAGGAAAAUGUGAGGACUGAUUCAAUAAAACAUUUUCAUAAAAGUA